AGUAAGUAUAUUUACGAAGGAAUUCCACGAACAUCCCGUCGUGUGUAAGGGGCAAAUCAGUGUCAGGGAAUAUUCUUGAAGAAGCACAAGUGUACAUUUUUCAGACAUUUCCUCAACUUGAAUAUCAAACAAUCAUGGAAGGCUACCAAGUGAUCCGCCCGCUUGCCUCGGGUUCCUUCGGCCAGAUUUUUGUCGUGAAGGAGGAAGCUACGGGGAGUACCGCAGUGCUGAAGAAGAUCAGCGUUGCGACACUGGAUGAGAAGGAGAGGGACAGCGUAUAGAAGUUCAUCUUGAUUCUGUAUUGCUAAAGUUAGGAGUUCUUGCGAAGUUGUCACAUCAAUACUCGUCGCAGUCAUGCACUGCAAAUCCAAGUGACGCAGGGGCAGGUGCUGGACAUAAUUUCGUAAAAUUGCAUGUGGGAAAAAACAAAAAUCUGUGGUCGACCUCCGACACGAUCAUUUUGACACUCUCAGGUGGAGCAAGAAGUGGCCCUGCUCGCGGGAAUUCGGCACCCAAACAUCGUCGCGUACCGGGACAACUUUCUCCACGGCGACCACCUCUGCAUUCUGAUGGCGUACUGCGAUUCCGGUGAUUUGUACACGUACUUGCAGAAAAACCGAAAGUCCCAGCCCAUCCAGUCCGCCGCCGAGGAGCCGAUGCUGAUUGACUGGCUGAUUCAGAUCGUGGCGGCCGUGCAGUUUCUGCACGCGCGGAGCAUUCUGCACCGGGACCUGAAAACGCAGAACAUCUUUCUCCACUCGGGCAUCCUGGCCGCCGCGCAGCAGACCCAGCAACACCAAAACCCGCACAGUGCUGCGGUCCACUUGGUCGCGCUCCCCCCGGCCCACUACCGCAUGAUCAAACUCGGGGACUUCGGGAUCGCCAAGGUGCUGGAAGGCAGCAAGGACUACCUGGCCCGCACGCAGAUCGGGACCCCCUUCUACAUGUCCCCCGAAGUGUUCAAGAACGCCUCCUACAGCUACAAGUCGGACAUCUGGGGUAUGGGGCUCUCAAACGUUACACUCUCAACUGUUACAUGAUUUGUCAUGCAAAUUGACCAUGAGCCGCCAGACCAUCAAGCUGCUUCGCAUGACAAAUUCUCGAAGGGCUAAACAACAUCUAAAUCUGUGUCGAAUUUGUGAUGCGAGAAUUGCAAGCCGGCCCCUUUCCCUAUUGCUGUUCUUGCAUGACAAAUCAUGUAACAGUUGAGAAUGUAACGUUUGAGAAUCCCAUAUGGGGCAUCGGGUGCGUGUUGUACGAGCUGAUUUGCGGGAAGCACGCGUUCGGCGCCAACAGCUUGAACGGGCUGGCGGUCAAGUAUGGGAUUCUCAAACGUUACAUUCUCAACUGUCACACGAUUUGUCAUGCAAAACUACCACUAUCUCUAUCAUCUACAGGAUCAAGCUGCUGCUCUGCAUGGCAAAUUCUGGAAGGGCCAAGCAGGCUGAUAAUCUGCGCCAGAUCUGUCAUGCAAGACGCGCAGUGCCCCCUUUUCACUUUUCCCAUUCUUGCAUCACAAAUCCAUGUAACAAUAGAGAAUGUAACAGUUGAGAACGCCAUAUCAAGGUGUUGAAGGGCAAGUUCACCCCGAUUCCGAACAACGUAAAGUGCUCGAAGGAGAUCCAAACGCUGAUAAAAUCCCUGUUGUCCGUGAACCCGCAGCACCGGCCCAGCAUCAGCGAGAUGCUGCACCUGCCGAUCAUCCGGCGCAAAAUCAAAACCAUGAUCAAAAUGGUGGUUUGCGGGAGUUCCUACGACAGCGCUGAGAGACAGGAGCUGCAGGCCAUGUACGUCGACCAGUUUUCGAGCUUGGGCCUCGGGCAGCUGGUAGCGCCGCGGGGCGGGGGAAGCGGGCCGGGAGGUGCAGCUGGUGGACAGGUAGUACCAAAUGCUGGACCUGCUGGAGCUGCACCCGGAGGGCCGCCAGGCAACGAUCGUGACCAACAGCAGGAAGGCAACAACAAUAAAGGCGCAGCGGGAAAAAUAGACAACCAGGUGAACAGCAACAUCAACCACCGCGAGCAACACCAGCACGGACCCCCUGUGCCCGGUGGUCUCGCAGGCCAGCACCAGCACCAGGAACAGCAGGCGCAGAGGAAGGUGCAGGAGCAGGUGGCGCGCGACCUGCAGAACAUCCAGAACAAGCUUUUACGGCUGAAACAGGAGCGUGCGAAGCAAGAGGAGCAGCUGCGCUGCUUGGAGGAGACGAAGCGGACUCUGCUGAGUUUGAAAGUCGGCGAGGAUGGGGAGGACGACAGUUGCAGCAGUUCCCGGUCGGACUUGGACUCAGAUGAGGACGACUACACGAGUAGCUCAGCGAACAAUUUCGGUGCGGGCGGGGGCAACAACGAAGACACAACGACCGUCGCCGUACCGCUUCCUGGAGAGUCAUUACACCAAAAUGCAGCUAAUACUGCACAUCAUCCGCAAAUAAAUCAAAAUCAGAACCACUCGCAACCACCGCACCUGCAACUGAGUCCGCAGCAACAAGGUGUGAACAACUAUCAGUUUCGCUCGCAGCAGGAGAAGAUUCUCUGGGAAAAGCAGUACAAGGAGCAGAGCGCGCGGCACAGGUACGAGCAGGAAGCGCGGUACAUUCAGGCAGCGAACGCUUACGAAGCGGAGCAGGCGAGGAGAAGAGCGAUCAGCGACAAGUGGGGACACAGCAUGCCGGAUAGAGGUGGAGUUGUUGGCGAGCCGCCUUGCAAUUCGACUACCGGUGUUCUUGACCCUCAAUAUCCACCAGCAGAUCAACAUCUUCAUCCACUUUCGCCUACCACGACCUACCAGGACAACUACAAUCCUUACCUGGUGCAGGAGCCUGCUGCUGGACCCCCGCAAGCAGACCAACAACAGCGGCAGUUUUCUUCCCAGUCCCCGGUUUUGCGAGGCGGGGGGUUGCACCACCAGCAGCACCAGCAGAUGAAUCACAGUCCGGCGGUACAGCAGCAUCAGCAACUCGUCCAAAUGCAGAAUCAAAACCAAAAUAACCCGAUGAAUCCCUACACCCAGCCACAGUACAACCAAAACCAGUCUAUGUCCAUGUCGCCGAAGUACAAUGUGGACCAGAAAUUCGCUCGCGGAAAGCAGUUAUGAAUUGCAAAAGCAUCGUACUCGUAUAAAUGCAUUACAAAUUUCCUCAGCAUGAGAAAUGAAAUUUGUAAUGCAGAUUUGCCAUGGGAACAAGAUUUGUAAUGCAUGAUUGCAAUUUUCACUACGAGUGCGAUACUUUUGCACAGGAUAGCAGUCCCAACACCGGCACUGGUGGCAGGAGAUGGGCAGUAACAACAUAAACCAGACGCGCAGCACGAGCCCGGACCAACGGGUGGUAAACUAUGACAACUCGCUUCAGUGGACGCUGAAUGGUGCGGGCGCGGGGGAAAUGGACGAACCCAAUGCGUAUAGAGGCAGUAGUAGUACAACGCAGGACCAGCAAGAGCCAAGAAGUGGGGGAGAAGUAGAUCACGUACUAGAUCCGGCGCGGAGUGGUGGUGGGCAACAUCCUGGUGCUACGGAUGUUGGAACUGCUGCAGAAGCUGCAAAUAAUCACUUGCAAAGCAAUAAUCUACUAGCCGCCACCAACCACAAACCAACCGGGGAGGAGGAAGCGCUGAAAACCGAGUUUGCGCACAUUUCCGACGAGAACCUGCGAAAUCCGUUUUCGUCGUGCCGCCCGAAAGUGAUGAACUCGCCCCCGAACACGGCAAAUUUUGCCACCAAAAUGCCCAUCGAACCGGAACCGCUCAGCCCCGUUUUCUCCGACGACGGGACAUCACUUUUUGCGGGCCCCGCGGCGGGAUAUAAAGCUGCAGCUAGUCUUCACGACAACGUCGCAGGUUUGCCGCAUCAGUCUCCUUCAUCACAGCAUCGAAUGCAGCAGCAGCAUAAGCAUGUGCAAGGCUCCCCUGGACCACGAGCGGGUGUAGGAGCCCCACCACAUCAGCACCAGCACGAAGCGCCAGAGGUACUGCCAGAGCGAGGUGGGCCACGACAUCAAACGUCGCAGAGUACGAAGAUGAACACCGUGAGUCGGGCGACGAGCUCCAGGUCACGAACCCGGAGACAUGAGAUUGCUUCGAUUCACGCCCAGAUUGAGGCCUGCAUGAAUGCUAUCAACAAGUCGCAGAUGACGAUCGAGUCUCUGCAAUACCGGCUGCAGGAAGUUUCUAUCGGCGGGGAGGAACAUCAGAAAGAGGGCGGGGGUGGGGCCGCUCCUGGAGCAUUAAAUUAUGUCGGUGAAACAACAACCGCUGGCGUAGUUGCUGAACUCCCUCUCGCAGCAGGGGCUUCCGACUCCGACCAGGUAGCAUCACACGACUCGUCGAGCGGUGGUCUGCAGCAGCAGCCUCCGUAUUUUUACACGACCGCAGGUGCUGGUGGCGGCUCCACCUCCGCAGCUGAACAGAAUCUGGAAUUGCCGCUGCCUCACCCGACGAUGAAAGGUGCAAAAGCAAAGCAACAAUAUCAGCAACCCACAGCAGGAGCCAACGUGGUAUCUUCAAAUGAAAUGGCCGCGGCGCAACAAAUGCCGCACCCGGAUACUAAUUUCGCCCUUGGCGCCGCUGCAGCAACAGACGGAAAGUUGUACAAAAAUUCGACUGCCGGCUCAUCCGCUUCGAGGUCACCGAAAAGCGCGAAGACCAGACCACAGAAAGCCGUAGUAGUGAGGAACAAACACCCGUUUCAAGUGUGAGGAUUACUAGGCUCGUGAAUGUCUGUCUUGUUAGGACAAAUGCAGUGACCAUUGAAAUUAACAGAAGAGAGGUGAGGUCUGCCUACUUUUGCUCGGUCGGAGAAACAAAAGCGAUAGUAGAAAAAACCAGCUAAGUCGAGGAGGCUGAGUUAAUCGUAACGAGCAGCAAGGCACUGUUCCCGUCUUCAAUUUGAAAACGGGCACAGCACCCUGCUUUCUGCGCUUUCUUCU